UCCGGGGACCCAUAGGGGUCCUUGGGUGAGUUCCAGGGGGUCCCCAGAAAAAUGGGGUAUGGUUUAUUUUAUUAUUUAAUUCAUUAUAGAAGUGAGCCCAAUGAGAGUAAGAAUCAUAAGAGUGUCUAUUCUGAUCACCAGUUUCACUUCCUCCACGGUUAGUGAACUCCUCAACUGUUGUUGACAACUAUAAAUUCUGGUUUUAAUCAUAUCUAACAACCAAAAUCUUUUCACAUGCAGGUCCCUGUAAGCGAAAUCUUAUCAAAUGGGGGUCUGUGACGUAAUGUAUAUCAAUUUAGGGAUCAUUGACACGGAAAAGGUUGAGAAUCACUGCCAUAGAUCAUGCACUUAGCUACUGAUUUAUUGUGCAGUACCUUCCUGUACCGUGCCUUUUUGAGAAAAGCUUUAAGUCACAGUGUUAGUUGCUACUGUGUGUGUGUGUGUGUGGGUGUGGGGGUGUGCGUGUGUGUGGGUGUGUGGGGGGGAGGGUGUGGGUGUGUGGUUGGGUAGUUGGGUGUGUGUCUCUAUACUUGAUGUGGUAUUUCCGCAGUAGUUCCUUCAUGUAAAUUUGACAGUCUGAGAUAAUCAUCGUUGGCAGCUGCCUGCUGGCCUUCCUGGAUCAGAAAAGUGGCGUUUUAGUUUUUAUACUGUAACUGCCACUGGUCUGCCCUGCCCUGCCCUCCGCGGCUCUGACUGCAGCCACACACCUGGCCUCUCAUCUUGGCUUCCCUUGCCUACUUAUCUCGGCUUCAGCUUCAGCCUGCUCCUUCAGCCAGAGAGCAGGACCCAAAUGGACUACAGACAGGAGCAGCUGAUCGGCCGCCCCGGGGAGAUCGACCUCAUCAACAGGGACCCCAAACAGAUCAACGAGGAUGUGGUCAAGGUCAACUUUGAAGAUGUGAUCGGAGAGCCUGCUGGCGUACACAGUCUGGACGACGUGUGGAAAGCCAGCCAUGCCACCUUCACAUCGACGAAGUCCUGUUGUUAUGCCACCCUGACUGCCAUCUUGGGCGUCCCGAUUUCACUGAUCUGCGGCUUUCACUUUGCUUGUCUGUCAUUCUGGCACAUCUGGGCGGUUAUGCCCUGCGUUAAGAGUUGUCUGAUUGCGUUACAAUGCGUGAGUCAAAUCUACUUGUAUAUCAUACGCACCAUCAUUGGCCCGCUCUUUGAGGCUUUUGGGAAGAUAUACAGCGGUGUGAAGGUGGUUUUGCGUAAGGAGGUGUGAACUGCUUUACUCUGGCAUUAAGACCAAUUUCUGGACAUUUCACUGACUUUUAGAAGAUCCAUGAAAAAUCAGGCUGCAAAGGUGCAACAUUAAUAGUUGUUAUUUUUGUUUGCUGGUUUACAUUUUGAGCUGAUUUAGUGUCUAUUAAUGGAUUGAAUUACAAUGAUGCUGUCCUUUUUUUUUACCACAAUGAUACAGCAAAAUCUGAAAAUUUGUCCAACCAUUGAUUUUACUCUUUCUACCAAAUUUUAAAUAAAUAAUGUUUUAAGUACAA